ACUCAUGUCUCCUUCCCCCUCUCCCCUCAGCCUCCCUCCCGCCCUUCCCUCUGCAGGCCAAGGCUGGCGACGGCCUCCAUAUAUUUAGAGAGGAUGAUAGCCCCCCUGACUCAGUUGAGCUGACAGAGACCUCACAGGCAGACUUGACCUUUGUCAGAAGUCUUCAAGAUGCCGAACUGGGGUGGAGGAGCAAAGUGCGGAGCCUGCGACAAGACAGUCUACCAUGCAGAAGAGAUCCAAUGCAAUGGAAGGAGUUUCCACAAGACCUGCUUCCACUGCAUGGCCUGCAGGAAGGCUCUGGACAGCACCACGGUCGCAGCUCACGAGUCGGAGAUCUACUGUAAGGUCUGCUAUGGGCGCAGGUACGGCCCCAAGGGCAUCGGAUUCGGACAAGGCGCCGGCUGCCUCAGCACGGACACGGGUGAACACCUGGGCCUCCAGUUCCAAGAAUCCCCGAAGACAGCACGUUCAGCCACCACCAGCAACCCUUCCAAGUUCACUGCCAAGUUCGGAGAGUCAGAGAAGUGCCCUCGAUGUGGAAAGUCAGUCUAUGCUGCGGAGAAGGUGAUGGGAGGUGGCAAGCCUUGGCACAAGACCUGUUUCCGCUGCGCCAUCUGUGGGAAGAGUCUGGAGUCCACGAACGUCACUGACAAAGAUGGGGAACUCUACUGCAAAGUUUGCUACGCCAAGAACUUUGGCCCCACGGGCAUUGGCUUUGGAGGCCUCACACAGCAGCCGGAGAAGAAAGAGUGAACGGUCGGUGCGCCCAUUCUCAGACCUUCCGCCAGCCUGAGACGUUUUCCACGUGACCCUGCCCCAACGGACACCUGUGCCCGGGCAUCCUCUCGUUGGUGGCUGGACCGUGUUUCUCUUCGGAAGUGAUCACAGUCCUUCUAACCCAACGUUAGAAGAAGACUUUGGAAGAAAAUUAUUAAGAGUUUAAUCUGUAACAAGUGUCUUAUUAUUUACGAUACCUGGGAUGGGAGAGGCAAUAAACACUUUAUUGGUACCUUGCA